CGGUCGGUCAGCUUUUGGUAUUAAAGUUUAGUAUGUUGAGAGAACAUGACGUGGGUUUGAGUUACGUAGCUCGUUUUAGCGUAAGGUAGUUAGUUAAUGGCUAGUAAUGUACUCCGUCUGUUCCGUCCUUACAUUCUGAGCUCGAGUCCCGUUUUGCUGAGAUCUUACUCCACGGACGGCAUGAGCACGGCGAGCGCGAUGACUCGUUCCCCGCUCGAGCGGCUGGACUUUGAUAAUGUGGUGCUGAAGAAGCUGCCGGUGGACGAGUCGGAGGCCCCGGGAGCGAGGACAGUCCGCGGCGCGUGUUUCUCCAGAGUGACGCCGCAGCCGCUGGAGAAGCCCCGCUUUGUGGCGGUGUCCGGUCCCGCCAUGGCGCUGCUCGGGCUCAGCGCGGAGGAGGUGUGGAGUGACCCGCUGGGCGCGGAGUACCUGAGCGGCUCCAGGCUGAUGCCAGGCUCCGAGCCCGCUGCUCACUGCUACUGCGGACACCAGUUCGGGCACUUCGCGGGGCAGCUGGGAGACGGAGCGGCGAGCUAUCUGGGGGAAGUGAGAGCUCCGGCUGAUCAGAGUCCUGACCUGCUGAAGGAAAACCCCAGCAGGCGCUGGGAGAUCCAGCUGAAGGGUUCUGGACUCACUCCUUAUUCCAGGCAAGCGGACGGACGUAAGGUCUUGCGCUCCAGCAUCCGUGAGUUCUUGUGCAGUGAAGCCAUCUUUGCUCUCGGGAUUCCUACCACACGUGCUGGCUCUGUAGUGACGUCAGACUCACGCGUCAUGAGAGACGUGUUUUAUAAUGGCAAUCCGUGCAUGGAGAGAUGCUCAGUGGUGUUGCGCAUUUCUCCUACUUUUAUCAGGUUUGGUUCAUUUGAGAUUUUCAAAGAGGAGGAUGAGUUGACAGGUCGGCAGGGCCCCAGCUAUGGAUGUAAUGAGAUACGAACUCAAAUGCUGGAUUAUGUCAUUGAAACUUUCUACCCAGAGAUCCAGCAGAGUCACUCAGACCCAGUAGAGAGGAACACCGCCUUCUUUAGGGAGGUGAUGCUGAGAACAGCCAGACUUGUGGCCCAUUGGCAGUGUGUGGGAUUCUGUCAUGGAGUCCUCAAUACUGAUAAUAUGAGUAUUCUCGGGCUUACACUGGACUAUGGACCAUUUGGCUUCAUGGACCGCUUUGACCCAGAGUUCAUCUGCAAUGCCUCUGAUAAUACUGGACGGUACUCAUACCAAGCUCAGCCAGAAAUCUGUCACUGGAACCUCGCUCGGCUAGCAGAAGCUUUGCACCCAGAUCUACCCUCAGACCGGGCGCAGGCUGUGUUGGAAGAGUACACGCCCCUCUUCAACACGUUCUACUUGAGUAAUAUGAGAAGAAAACUGGGCUUGCUGAGGAAAGACGAACCAGAGGAUGAGAUACUCAUCACAAACUUAAUGCAGACAAUGCACAAUACGGGUGCCGACUUCACCAACACGUUCCGCUGCUUGAGUCAGAUCCCAUGUCCUGCAGAAGGAGAGACAGUGGAGGAUGGUGUCAAACAGGCUGCAGAGCUGCUUCUGCAGCAAUGUGCUUCUCUAGAGGAGCUAAAAGAUGCUAGUAAGCCUAGUAUGGACCCACGUGAAUUCUCAAUGCUGCUCUCCUUGGCCCAGAGUAACCCUGCGCUGUUCAGCAUGUUGUCAGAUCGGAGGACGUUGUCCCAACAGCUGGAAAAGCUCGCUAGGUUAAAGGAGCUGAUGGAAAUCACAGAGAUGGACCUGAAGACCAAGCAGACAGAGGAGUGGACAAGUUGGAUUAAACAGUACAGGCAGCGCCUUGCUCGUGAAUGUGAGGGAGAGUGCGACGUGAAGGCAGUGCAGAAGGAGAGAGUGUGCGUGAUGGACAGUACCAAUCCUCGUAUAGUGCUUCGGAACUACAUUGCCCAGAAUGCAAUAGAAGCAGCUGAGAAAGGCGACUUCUCUGAGGUUCAGAGAGUUCUGAAAGUGCUGGAGAAGCCAUUUUGCCCGCAGGAGGGCUUGGAGCUGCCAGGUUGGAUGGUAGGACAAGGAUCUGAAGAAGCACAAGAGAGGAGUGAAGAACAGGGUCAAAGAGAGACUGAGGAGGAUGUUACAGCAGCAGAGAGCAGAGUGAGUGUGUCUUAUGACAGCAAGCCCCCAGCCUGGGCUGCUAAAAUCUGUGUCACCUGAUCAUCAUAAAGCCUUCAGGACAAGUAGCCCAGAGAGCGCUCCCCUUUGGGGAUCUGUCUAUGAAGGCUGUUUGAGGUACUAAUCUCCUGUCAACUAGUUUGGGAACAUAUUAUAGAGAAUAAUAUACUGUAUGUGGAAUGCAGUUCUUUUGACUGGUUAUUAAUGAUGACUUUGACCACCAGUCUGACAGACAGGUCUUAGUCUGAAAGACAAGGAUUUUAGUAUCCUAUACACCAAAUAGCAUGUGGACUAGUGCUAGAGAGUGUGCGCGUGAGAGAGAGCUUGUGUGUGUGUGUUUCCAUGUAUGUUUGUUUUGUUGUGUAAGAGAGUGAGCAAAAAAAGUCUUAACGCACAAGUUCGUGGGCAGUAAAGCUCCAAAAUGUAACUAUUAGUUAAAACAUAUUAUAAUUUCUGUAAUAGGUUUAAUUAUGUUAUUAGAAAGCAAUAAUAUAAAAAUGAUCUUGAAAUAAAUGGUUUAUGGUCUCUUACUUUAUACAAAUUAGAGCAUAUAUCUCAAAGUAGGCCUUACUGCUUCUGGACUUUUAGAUGCUGAACAAUAAUUUCCAGCAUGAAAAUGAUGUAGCAAGAGUGAUUGUUUACAUUUAUAAUCAUUUAGAUAUAAUAAAGCAUAAAAUACAUAGUACAAAAAUAAACAUCUGCCAAAGAAGAUGCUGUCCAUGUUUCUGUAUUAUUUUAUGAGCAAUAAAUUGUUUCAAUUUAUGAUGCUUCAUUCUGAAAACUUUUAAGAUUUACAAAAUGUGUUUGAUUAAUUAAUGCAGGAAAUAUGAAAUGCAAAAUAAAGCACCACUGUAUAUAUUA